AUGGACAGCUUCGUCUGUUCUCCCAUCAGCCCCUACCCGAACCUGAGGAGCCGCCCCGCGCUCGGCCGCGGCUGGGACAGUGCGGCCAAGCAGCCCAGCUGGAAGCAGAGCAAGAGCGGCAGCAUCAGCCCUUUCCUCGGGGGCCCCUUCUCGCCGCUGCCCUCCGACUACCUGGACAGCUACCGGCGGGCGCAGCUUCAGGCGCUGCUGUCGCAGGUGGGCCCCGCGCUGGCGCCGCGGCCGCGCUGGGCCAGCACGAAGGAGGCGGCGGUGCAGGUGAGCCUGCGGGCCGACGUGGCCGUGCAGUGCUCGCUGGGGCCGCGCACGCUGCCGCCCGCCCGCGCCUUCAGCCCCGCCGGCCUGCGCGCCCCGGGCCGCCUCGCCCUCUACUCAUCCGCGCCCGACCGCCGCCUCUUCGCGCCGCCCGCCGCCGCCCCGCUCCCGGAGAAGGCAGCGCCGGCAAAGGAGACCCCGAGGGCGGACGGCGGCGAGGAGCAGCAGGAGCGCCCGGCGGGGGCCGCGCUGCCGCCGCGCCAGGAGCCGGUGGGGACGCGGCGGGAGGAGACCGCGGCUGCCAAGCAGAGAGUUGCAUUCCAGUUCUUGGAGCAGAAGUAUGGCUAUUUCCACUGCAAAGACUGCAAGAUCAGAUGGGAGAGUGCUUACGUGUGGUGCAUUUCUGGAAGCAACAAGGUGUACUUCAAGCAGCUCUGCCGCAAAUGCCAAAAAGGCUUCAAUCCCUAUCGAGUGGAAACAAUCCAGUGCCAGAUCUGUUCCAAGACUCGUUGCUCUUGCCCUCAGAGGAAGAGACAUAUUGAUCUCAAGAGACCUCAUCGCCAAGAGCUCUGUGGCCGCUGCAAAGGCAAAAGGCUGUCCUGUGAUAGCACUUACAGCUUCAAAUACGUUGUCUGAUCCAAGUGCCCUCUUCUGUUUUGUGCUUUGCACUUUGUCUUUUGUAAUAUUUUGACUUAAGGCUUUUGACCUGGCAUUGGAU